CUUCUGAACCCUAGCAAGGCCAUCCUCAGAGGCGCCUCUGUUGCACCAUGUCGUCCUACGUGUUCAUCUGCGACCACAAGGGCGAUAACUGGACCGCCAAGCGGUUCUCCAAGGACGAGGAUGCGGAGCCACUCGAGGCGGAGGCCUCCAGCACAUAUGAGCUGCAGAAGAAGUUGAGCGACCUUGCGAAGGCGCAGGGCGCCACCGGGGGGGUGCAGCUUUCUUUCUCGUUCGUCACGCAGACGAAGGCCCUCUGCCAGGUCAUCAUCGGCGGUGCCGCAGCCAGCAGUGGGGGCGGUGGCGGCGGCGGAGGCGCCUCGAGCGGUGGAGGCGGCGGCGGGGGAGGCGGCGCUGCUGAGGAGGAGAAGAAGGAAGAGAAGAAGGAGGAGGAGGAAGAGGAGGACGAGGACAUGGGCUUCUCAUUGUUCGACUAAAUUUGAAAACUAAAGAUUUUUGUGUCCCC